UCCAGGAAUAGACUGCUGUUUUUCACGUACUUUCAUGUUACCACUUAUGAUCAACUCAGGAGAGGUAAUGGCCUAGUGGUAUUGCUAGACUUGUUAAUUCCCCUAAGUAAUGUCCUGGGAACUUGGGUUUGAAUCCUGCCAUAGUAGACUGGGAACUUGGAAUUCAUUCAAAGUCUGGAAUUGAGAGCAUCAGGGUGAUCGUGGAAGCACUGGUAUGGAAGCCAGUGCAUUUCCAAAGCUGGUGUUACUGAAUUGAGCACGAUGUCAGCAUAUAACCCUGAAGAGGAUGUCAACCUUUACAGUCCUCCCACAACAGUACGUGGAAUUACUGAGCUGAACAGAGAUUUAUUUAGGAAGAAUGUAGCUCUUCCAGCUCUGAAAGUGAAAAAGGACGUAGUGAACAAAGUCACAAAAUCCUUGAAAAAUUCCACGCUGAAAAGACCUGGAGUAAAGCGAGUUGUUGAAGACUCUAAAGAUGAAAUGUAUAGGUUUAUUUUGUUGGACCCGUGUAAAAUAUCCUGCAUGGAAUCUUUUGAGACUUUCGAGAAGGCUGUUCUAAAAGAGUAUAAUGUUGAUCUUCAGAUUCACAUGUAUCAUUUAGAAAUGACUUAUGAACAUUUCAAACCUGAAGAGAUUCUGAAGGCAGUUUUGCCUGAAGGGCAGGAUGUAACCUCUGGAUUUAGUAGAGUCGGCCAUAUUGUUCACAUGAACCUUCGUGAUCAUCAGCUUCCAUACAAGUAUUUGAUUGGCCAAGUUAUAAUGGAUAAGAAUCCUGGAGUAACUUCAGUGGUUAAUAAAACCAACAUUAUUGACAACACUUACCGUAAUUUUCAGAUGGAAGUACUAGCUGGGGAAGACAAUAUGAUUGCAAAGGUCAAAGAGAACAAUAUAACAUAUGAAUUUGAUUUUUCUAAAGUCUACUGGAAUCCACGGCUCAGUACAGAACAUAGUCGAAUAGUUGGUCUCCUGAAUUCUGGAGAUCUAGUGUAUGACGUGUUUGCUGGUGUUGGGCCUUUUGCUAUUCCAGCAGCAAAGAAAAACUGCAGAGUCAUGGCAAAUGAUCUGAACCCAGAAUCAUAUAAGUGGCUAGUCCACAACUGUAAGCUGAACAAAGUCGACAAUAAAGUACAGUCAUUCAAUAUGGAUGGCAGGGACUUUUUAUUAGAUCCUGUUAAAAAGGAUUUUAUAAAACAAAUUGAAAUACUUUCAUCAAAGGAGAAGAAAACCUCUAUUCACAUAAUUAUGAAUCUACCUGGUUUGGCUAUUGAGUUCUUGGAUGUCUUCAGACAACUCUUUGAGAAGCAAAACUUAGUUGACGCUUUACCCACAGUCCACUGCUAUAGUUUUUCUAAGUCUAAUGAACCUGCCAAAGAUAUUCAGAGAAGAGCAGAGGAUUUCCUAGGAACAUCCUUAGAGGGACGGUGCUCUAUCCAUUUGGUUCGGAAUGUGGCUCCAAACAAGGAAAUGAUGUGUAUAAGUUUUAAAGUUCCUGCUGAGGUGCUGUGCAAAAAUUACUUGGCAGAAAGAGACAAUACUGAAGAACCAGCUCCAAAACGUCUACGGCCAGAUGAGGUUACUGCCUCAGAAGGACCACAGUGACUUGUGAUAAAUGAGCAACAUCAUUUUUAGCAGUUAAGAAACCGAAUACAGUGCAAUUUAAUUACCAGUCAGUAAAAGGAAUCUCAGAACAUUUGCAUCAUUUCCUGGACUCCAUACUCCUGGUCAUGAUUUGCUUCUAUAAACAGCCAGUGAUUUGUUAUAAUGGGUAAUGAAGCCCUCUCAAGGGUUCACUUUUUUCAUGCUCACUAGGAUAGUUUUUCCAUUGAGCAUAUUGAAUUCUAUCAUGUUAAUAAGUAACCAAAGGGAAAUUCUGCAUUCAACACCACCAUCAGAACUGCAAAAAUAUAUAUUUUAAAAAUGUAUUGUACAUUAAUCAUUAUUAUUUUUUGGAAUUGAAAUAGUUCGAAUUAUAUUUUGCACAGCAGAGAACAUUUCAGUCGGUUUGAGAAUAGGUGGCUUCAAUCCAACUGCAGUAAAAUCAUUUGUAUUUGUCAUGAACAUAUUUUCUUCAGCUCUAUGUCUCAUGAUUAGGCAUUCAUUUUACAAGAGAAAUGAAGCAAUUUUUAUUUUGUUGAAACACUGUACAAAUUAAGUGUAUUUUAAUUUUAUUAAUUUUAACUCUAAGUAAACUGUUCUGAGGCUGUACAUAAUGGAAUGCUAGUUCCUUCUGCAUUUUAUACAUUUGGUUCAUUAUAAUUACAAAGUGGUAAAUCUACUUGGGUGUAAUAAUGACGUUGAUUCAGUCUUUUCUUUUAUAUAUCAAAGAUAAUGAAAGCCAGUCAGAUAAUUGUUUAGUAUCAUCAGAGGUAAUGAAAUAGGAUGAGUAAAGUACUUUGACAUUGUACAAUGCAGUCAUAAAUCUAUU